AUGGACUACACUUACUUUUUAUCUAAAAAGUCUCUUAAUAGAAAGCCAUCACCAAUCCGUGCAUUAGUUCCACUCUUAAAAAUUCCGGGAAUUAUAUCACUUGGUGCCGGAAAUCCUAAUCCUGAAACUUUCCCCUUUUCGAGUUUUAAAAUAUGUCUUAAAAAUGGUGAAGUACUUGAUAUAGAAGAUAAAGAGAUGGAUGAAGCAUUGCAAUAUGGACCAACGGCCGGGCUCCCUGCUUUGAUCGUUUGGCUUCGUGAAUUCCAAUUAGCCAUGCACUCUCCACCGUAUCAUGAUUUCGCUAUUAAUAUAGGUACAGGCAGUCAAGACUUGUUAACUAAGGCAUUUGAAAUGCUAAUUGAUCCUGGUGAUAAUGUAUUGAUCGAAAGUCCUGCAUAUGCAGGAGCUCUAUCUUUUUUGAAUUCGCAGUCUUGUACAUUAAUAGAGAUUGAGACUGACGAACAAGGUCUUAUACCUGAUUCUCUAUCAAGUACUUUGUCAAAUUGGUCUUCUUCGAAACGAUAUCCUAAAUUUAUUUACACGGUUCCAGUUGGAAACAAUCCAACUGGUGGUUCUGUGUCUAUUGAGCGAAAACGUACUAUUUAUCAAAUUGCACAUGAUUUUAAUAUACUAAUUCUUGAGGAUGACCCUUAUUAUUAUUUGCAGUACAAUAAUCCACGGAUUCCAAGUUAUUUUUCUUUGGAUACAGAUGGCCGAGUAUUGAGAUUUGAUUCCAUGUCGAAAAUUUUAUCGGCUGGUUCACGUGUUGGCUGGGUAACUGGUCCUGCUCCAUUAAUAGGAAAAAUCGAAAUAGCUUCUCAAUCCACCAAUCUUACUCCAUCUUUUAUUACACAAGCGAUAAUUUAUGCAUUGCUAAAGAAUUGGAAAAUUCCUGGAUUUCUCAUACAUGUAGAUAAAGUUACUGCAUUUUAUAAAGAAAAGCGUGACAUAUUUGUGAAAUAUGCUGAUCAAUAUUUGCGUGAUGUUGCUCAAUGGAGUAUACCUGAAGCUGGUAUGUUUGUGUGGAUUAAGUUAAAGGGCAUAGAAGAUUCAAAUGAAUUGAUUACCAAACAUGCAAUUGAAAAAAAGAUUUUGGCAAUACCUGGCGAA